AUGUCCGCCGAGCGAGUCCGCUUAAACCUGCAAUCAUUCUCUAAAGCUCCCCAUUACCGUACUGAGACGGAAAUUCCUGCAGGCCUACCCGGACCUACCGCCGACUUGACCGGAUACCCGAUUGAUGCGAUCGACAAUGGUCUCACGGAUCCCACGCGCCCACACAACAUGAUGGAGGCAACCGAAUUCCCGGAUUUUUCAUUUCCUUACCACGGCAUUCAUGAAGCCAAUCACAUAAUGACUUUGGAGGAUCAUGGCGCCGAUAUGUUCGCAAAUGCCACCGCGGGCUCUAUAUCAUCAAUUGGAGAACGACACGACUCGGUGGCAUCCGGAUCCAACUAUGCCAUGGGCGAACUACCUGUCAAAUCGCAACCUCGUGACGGCUCCGAACAGGAAAGCCCUGCGAGCAAUCAACACGGCACCAACUCAAUGGAAGAUAAUAUGUCGGAUGAGUUCGGACUGACCACAAAGCUGCCAGGAGAUAGUCAGGACCUUGGGAUUUCAUCACGGGACCCCAAAUCUGAUACUCAUCCAGCUUGGAGUGAGCUGAAGACAAAGGCCGGCAAGGAACGAAAGCGCCUACCAUUGGCAUGCAUAGUAUGCCGGCGCAAGAAAAUACGCUGCUCUGGCGAGAAGCCGGCUUGCAAGCAUUGUCUGCGCGCGCGCAUUCCUUGCGUGUACAAAGUAACCACUCGAAAAGCAGCCCCACGCACCGAUUACAUGGCCAUGUUGGACAAGCGGCUCAAGCGCAUGGAGGAUCGGAUUUUGAAGAUUGUGCCCAAGUCAGAGCAAGAUCCCACAGCGGCACAUGUUGUGCGGGCUCAGGUAAAGCCACAGCUUCCUGGCUCCGUGUCCAAUAGCAAGCAGAACGCAAAGAAACGCGCUGCCGACGAGGCUUUCGGGGCCGAUUUCGAUAACUGGGCGCGGCAGCCACCAAAGGCCAAAACGGACGAUCUCAACAAGCCGGCAUCAUUGCAGGUACAAGAGCAAGAGGACGGGAAGCUUCUAGUUGAAGGCCGCGAGGCCCUGCCUUCAAAGGAGAUACAGAUCCAUUUGGCAGACGUCUUCUUUGAAAACAUCUAUGGUCAGGCUUAUCAUCUUCUCCACAAACCGAGUUAUAUGAGGAAAUUAAAAGCCGACGCUCUACCACCAGUACUGGUGCUAUCUGUCUGCGCCAUAUCAGCACGUUUUUCGAACCACCCAAUAUUCACCAACAAACCACAUUUCCUGCGUGGCGAGGAAUGGGCAAUAUCUGCUCGCGACAUAGUGAUACGGCGAUACGAAUGGCCGAAUAUCACUGUCUUGACCUGUCUCCUCAUUCUGGGGCUACACGAGUUUGGUACUUGCCACGGAGGGAGAAGCUGGGCAUUAGGAGGUAUGGCCAUCAGGAUGGCAUUCGCCCUCCAAUUGCAUAAAGACCUCGAAUACGAUCCAACAGCCGCCAACCCCGCCUCUCAGCUGAGCUUCAUCGACAGAGAGAUCCGCCGGAGGACCAUGUGGGCAUGUUUUUUAAUGGACCGGUUCAAUUCUUCAGGAACGGACCGUCCGAUAUUCAUCAAGGAGGAAACCCUCGGGAUCCAACUGCCAAUCAAAGAGAAAUUGUUCCAGCUCGAUAUGCCGGGCCCCACGGAGGAUCUCGACGGGAAAGUGCCACAUCCGGUACCUGAGGAUCAAGGACAACUUUCCAGUGCGAAGGAUAAUAUGGGCGUCGCCGCUUAUAUGAUUCGUUCUAUCUCGUUAUGGGGCAAGAUCAUCAGCUUUCUAAACCAAGGCGGAAAAGAAGCAGACCCUCGCUCCAUGUGGGAUUCCGACUCCAAAUACUCGUCACUACUCAAACAGGCCGAGGACUUUGCACAAGGACUUCCUGAUGGCUUGAAGUACACAUCUGAGAACUUACAUUUACAUGACACGGAAGGCAUGGCGAACCAAUUUCUGUUCCUCCACAUAUCCAUACAGCAGAACGUCUUGUUCAUGAACCGCUUUGCAGUUUCCUCUCCUACAGGUCUUGCUCAGUCCGACGUACCGAGUACCUUCAUAACGCAAGCUGGGGCAAAGGCAUUUGCGGCAGCAAAUACGAUCUCCGACCUGCUAAGAGAUGCCGACACAUACCUCAUAGCCGCUCCGUUUGUUGGCUAUUGCGCAUUCCUUUCGAGCACCGUGCAUAUAUUCGGUAUCUUCUCAGGCAAUACCGCGGUGGAACAAUCAUCCAAGAGGAACCUGACGACUAAUGUGAGGUUCUUGCAAAAGAUGAAGCGGCACUGGGGCAUGUUUCAUUUCAUGUCAGAAAAUCUUAGGGAACAGUUUCGAUCUUGCGCGGAUGCCGCGCAGAAAGGAUCACUAUCCACAGAUAAGACCACAGCAUCCCCCAUUUUUCAAUAUGGGGAUUGGUUUGAUCGCUACCCACAUGGAGUUUCCCAGACAGACUUCCUCGACCCAGCUUCAACAAAGAAGAAAGACAUAGGCGAUGAUGCUGUCCUUGGCCAAAAGCCGGAUGCAUACAAUACAGUUGAGGAAUUCUUCAAUAAACUGUCACCGCCACAAAGUCAAGAAGGCCGAGACGCGAGUAAUGGGCCGAUCCGACCAUCAGCAGCCAAACGCCGGUCAUUUGCUGGCGCUGCUGGCAAAAAAGGCGGUCUGCCUCCGCGGGGUGAUGCCUCGCAGCAAUUAGAGCCUCUUCUUACUGAUUUAUCCUCUUCGAUCCCAGAGCAUGUGCAACAGCGUAUUCAGGCGGCUCAGCGCCAUCAAUAUGCCGCCCGUCUCGGCGGGCAGACCAGUGAGCCUACCUCUUUGCACCUUGAUGUCACUCGCGACAGGCGCAACUCACACCAGUAUACAGGAGCCGCUUCUGCAAAUGCUGCAUACCACGCGCUCUCGCCGAUCAGUCCAAUAACGCAUGGCCUUGGUCAUCAGUUCGCCGGGCACCACGCUGCAGGGCAUGCACACAGUCAUCCGGCCUUCUACAACAACCCCGAUUUAGUUGCACUUGGGCUGACCAACAACACCGGCAUGCUACCCCAACUCGACCGCCAGAUGGUUUUCAACGCGUACGGUGGCCUCGAUCCCACAACCAUUAGUGGGCCCGAGGGGAUGGUAGACUGGGAUGCUUUAGCUAGUGGCGGUAGGCCGAAUGGUACUGCGCCUGGCAAUCCAGGCCGCGAGGUUGGUACUGACGGACUACCACAUAAUUUUGCCGAGCCCUCCAGUGCUUGGUUCAUGCCAUUCAACCUGGAGGCUCCUGAGCUUGGUCAGGAGCUCAAUGCCACUGGAAUGAAUGGCAUGGAUACUUUUGGGGUAUUCAGCCCAAGUGGCAUGGGAACGCCAACGUCUGGACCAGGCCUUGGAAUGAGGAGAGGCUCGCAUAGGUGA